AUGUUCAACACUCUCCACAGGGAGGAGGAGCUCCUCCCUGGUCAGUGGUCUCGUUUCAAGUUCUUUAUUAUUGCAACUAUUGCCAUGUUCUUCUACCAGUGGAUCCCUGGCUUCCUCUUCCCCGUCGUCUCCUCCAUUGCUUGGGUCUGCUGGAUCAACCCCAAGAACCACGUUCUCUCUCAGAUCGGUGGUUCUAACGGUCUUGGUGUUGGUGCUAUCUCUCUUGACUGGAACAAUAUUGUCGCUUAUUUGGGUUCUCCCUUGGUUGUUCCCUGGUGGGCCCAGGUGAACAUCGCCUUGGGCUUCUUCCUCAUCGCUUGGAUCAUGGUCCCUAUCGCCUACUACACCAACAUGUGGGAGGCACAGCGAUUCCCCAUCCUCACUUCCAAGCUCUUCACUGUUGAUGGUGAAAAAUACCCCGUCCUCAGCGUCCUCAAUCCAGCUACCGCAUCUUUGUCCCAGGCUGGUUACGAGCAAGCUGGACCUCUUCGCAUCGCCACCUUCUUUGCUCUUGCCUAUGGUAUCGGUUUUGCUGGUCUCUCUUCCAUGAUCACCCACACCUGGUUGUACCAUCGUCACAAGCUUGUCGCCCAGUGGAAGCAGUCUCGCACUCAGUCUGAAGAUAUUCACCACAAGCUCAUGCAGGCCUACCCUGAGGUCCCUGACUGGUGGUACGGCGCAUUGUUCGUUGGAAUGACCGCCCUUGCCAUCUUCACCUGCCAGUUCUACGGUUACAUGCCCUGGUGGGCCGUUCUUUUGGCCAUCCUUCUGGCUGUCGUCUUUGCUCUUCCCGUCGGUCUUAUUCAAGCCUUGACCAACCAGCAACCCGGUCUUAACAUCAUCACCGAGUACGUUAUCGGUUAUAUUCUUCCCGGUGAGCCUAUUCCCAACGUCACCUUCAAGACCCUCGGUUACAUCUCCAUGAGCCAAGCUAUGACCUUCACUUCAGAUCUCAAACUUGGCCACUAUAUGAAGGUUCCCCCACGCGCCAUGUUCUGGGCCCAGCUCCUCGGCACCUUCAUCGCCGGUCUCAUCAACCUGGUCACCGCCAACUGGCUCCUGAACUCCCAGAAGGACAUUUGCAACGGCUCCAAGGAAUUCGCAUGCCCCCACGCCAACACCUUCUACUCUGCCUCCGUCAUCUGGGGAGUUAUUGCUCCUAACCUGAUGUUCGGCCCCACUUCCAUCUACAACGCCAUCAACUUCUUCUUCCUCAUCGGUUUCCUUUUGCCAAUCCCCUUCUUCUGGUUUAAGAAGUGGUUCCCAAACACCUGGAUCGACCAAGUCCAUAUCCCAGUCAUGUUAGCUGCCACCGGUUGGAUGCCCCCAGCCCAGGCCUACAACUAUACCAACUGGUUGGCUGUCGGGUUUGCAUUCCAGUUCUUUGCCCGUCGCUACCACUCUGAAUGGCACUUGCGCUUCACCUAUGUCAUGUCUGCUGCCUUCGAUUCUGGUGUCGCCUUCUUUGGACUCCUUUCGUUCUUCAUCCUCAGCAUCAACAACAUCAAGAUGCCUAUCUGGUGGGGCAACCCCGAGACCGAGAUCUGUCGUCUGGACGGUUACCCUUUGAUGUCGCCCAAGGGUGGUAUGAUCGACCCUUGGGCCCCCAAUCCGGAGGCUGAUGAUGCACCCCAGUAUAACUUCCCUAAGGCCUACGUCGCACCCAAGUUGUAA